AUGAAUACCAGGCACACUUCAUUAAUCAGCGGAGACGUACUUCAACUUCUAAACUUCAUAAACCAAGCAACACUGGGGACCUGCCUCGCCUGCAUUGGAGUCAUAGGAAAUCUCAUCAACCUCAUCGUGUUCUUCAAGCAAGGUGUGUCUGAGAGUAUCAACAUCAGCCUUGUGGCGCUCACGGUUUCUGACCUUGGCUCUCUCCUCACCGUUCAGUGGAUCAACUUGCUCUGUAAUCCAGCGUUCACCAGCUCCGGCGUUCCGAUUGUGAGGACGGACAUCUUCUUUUUAACCGCGGGUACGCCCCACGGACUUUUUGCGAGGGUGACAAGCUGGGUCACUGCGUACAUAACUAUCGAGAGAUGCCUGUGCGUGGUGAUUCCUUUGAAGGUCAAGUUCGUGGUGAGCCCCAAAUUGACCUUGCGUGUCAUGCUGGUAAUAUACGUCGUGAUGAUGCUAACCCUGUUGCCCACGUACGCGACGGUAUACAUGACAUGGAACUGGUACCCGGAUGUUAACAGGACAUUGCUUGGUCUUACACUGGCAGGCGGGAGUGACGUCACGAUUUUCGUGACCUACGCUCUCAGUGCGUCGACACAAAUAACUUCUUUCUUGAUUGUUGUCAUAUUUACGUUAAUUCUAAUCACAAACAUCAGACGAAAUUCGAAAUGGCGGCUCUCUUCGGUUGUGUUCAGUCUAGACUCAGCCAAUGAACAUUCGAAAAAGCGAGAUUCCAAGACGCUCAAAAUGGUGACCAUGAUGGCGGCGAUUUAUAUCGUCUGCUUCUCGCCAAUGAUGAUGAUGUACAUCGCCAUUAGCUCAGUUUCUGGGUUUUCGGCAAAUGGUCCAUACCAAAACGAUUACUUCGCCGCAUGGUCGUUCGCAGACCUUCUUGACUCUCUUAACUCAAGCGCCAGUUUCUUUGUGUACUACGUCAUGAGCACAAAAUAUAGAAAAACUUUCAAAGAAUUUUUCAGACGACGC